GGAUAAAUACGUCGGCAUCUCGCAACGCAAUGCGUCCGCUUUACUUGAAGGUUCUUAAUUCGCGACAUCACGAUCUUUACCUCUACAUCACCUGCAGCACAGCCAAGUGAACGUGCAAGGGCUCAUUAUGAGCGCAACGAUAUCCAUGGUAGAUCGGAAAGCGGCGGCUUCGGAUUUCCUACCACCCACAACCGUCGACAUGCCGAUUCGUCAAGAAAUUCAACAUGGGCCAUCAAAUCCGGCGGCUGAACGAAGAGUACGAGAGGCUAUUGAAAAGGCGGCAACACGAAACUCGCAACUGCUGAGCGAGCUAGAAGCUACGGCUCAUGGACCCGGCCUACUGGGAAAUAAUCAGAUCAAGAUUGAACAUGUUGAUAAACGUCUCGCUGAUCUCGAGCCUGAAGUUGCAAAGGCCGUUGCUGCUGCUAACCAGCAGCUCAAGAGCCACAAGGCCUACAGAGACUCCUUUGGCAAGAAAUGGGUGUAUACCCUUUUGAAAAAGAGAGAUGCCUUUGAUGAGAAGGCCCAGCGUGAGGAGAAGGCAUAUCAUCAAGUUCUAGAAAAGCGCCACAAGGCCGAAGGUACGCUGAACGAGCUGAAGGCUGAUAAGGCGGCUCUGGUUGUUGAGAUGAAGACUCUGGAAGAACUGGCGGGACGACACGCCGCUGCACACAAAGGAAUUGAUAAUCUUUACUCAGAAAUAUUCGAUGGUCCCACGGCGGGCUUUCCGGACGAGGAUGAACAGGAACAGGCACACAAAGUAGCCAAGGUGGCCCUUCAAGAGAGGACAGAGGCACUAAAGGCGGCAGUUCGAGGUGUCAAAGCGGCUCAAGUUGUCAAACUCGCCAUCGAGCGUGCCCUAUUUGAAAAACAACGGGCAGGCUUUGAAAAUCACUCUGACAUCUUUUCUCAGCGUAGUUUCCAUGUAACGCUGAGUCGCUGCAUUGCCUACAUCGAUCGCGGUAUCGAGCUAACCAAUCAAGCCAUUGAUGUGCUCGAAACAGCCCCUGGACCCGAGCAGCUACAAACUAAGAACAAGCUUGAACAGCAUCUCAUUACUGCUAGGACACAAGCAUCUUCGCGUUUAAAGGACAAGUCACAGAACACUGCACUUUUGGAAAGACUGGGGAAUGUAUUAAUCAGCGCUUUGGAAGCCCAGAAAGAGUAUCUCGCGGCUAUGAAGCUAGUCAGCGAGUCGUGCAGAAACUCUAUCCGGCAGACAGCCAGAGCUCUAGAAGACGAGCGACGUGCGCUUCAACAGAUCCGACAGAGUGCAUUCGAGACAACUGUCGGCUUUGGUGCCGCCGCUCCGGCAUAUCACGAGUGCUGUGAUAGAGCACCUGGAUUUGAGAACGACUCUCACGCGCAGACUGCGUCAAUCCAAGACCCAGUUGUUGCAGAGCUUCCGGUAGACUCAGAACCACCCCCAGAUUAUGUAUUCCCCGAUGAGGAAUCAGCACCCAAUACAACAGAGACAGCGCCAGAACCCAGCACUCAAGCCCAUACUGCUGCUGAACGGAGAUCCCCGGUCUCUAAUUUGAGCGGAGAGGUGACUCCAACCAACCCACGAGGCCUGGCGGAGGUCUCAUAAAUGGAUAUGAAUGACAUGGACCGUAUAAGCUGCUUGAUUUUUUUACUGUUUCUAUUCCCUGUCCGUAACUUGGACGCGCGAUGUUUGAGCACGCUCUGAUUUGAGAUUAUGAUAUUAUGGACGAUAAUGUUUAUAACUAGUAGCGGUGCUCGUUUGGAGUGCUCUUUGCCUGACUGAAUUUUAGUAUAAUACGUAUGCUAUUGAAUAUGCACGUAUUAAUACAAAUCACGUAUAAACAAUUACACUGGCU